AUGGCAGCUUAUAUGGAAAAGCCGUCUCAAAUCAGACCAGUGUAUUAUGAUAAGAUUUUUUUAAAGUACCAUUAUGAUUUAAUUUUCAAAAAAAAUUAUAUUUACGCUUUGUUCAAUUAUUUUCGCUUGUUUCGGUUGACAUACUACUGGAGUAUGGGAGACAUCAGUCAGGCAACAGUUGCAAGUUUGCCGCAAAUAGAUAGCAGCAAAACUUUGCCUGACUGGUUUAAUUUCCAUCGAGAGCUGUGCACAGAGUGGGUUAGAGAAAAACCAGUGAGAAUAAGUGGCCAAACGAAAGAGAAACGGUCACGCAAGGCCUUUUCCGCAAAGGUGCUUGGAGGCAUUGAUGAAGACACAAAAAAAGCGUUUCUUGUGGCUGUGCCACAAAGACAAAGGGACACAGUAACACUCAUGCCAAUAGUACAAUGCCAUAUGUUGCCUGGAGCAACUGUGUGGUCAUAUCGCUGGGCCACUUAUAAUAGCCUGAGUCGGACAACAGGAUUGCCGCACAAAACUCCCUGUGAAUCACAAAUAUGGGUUCGUGGCUUCAACUGGAAUACGCACAUAUGGCAUAAAAAAUCUUUGGAAAUGUGCCAAUGA